AUGAAGAUAACAAAAUUAUCCAUGUCCCCAUUUCUCUGUUUUUCUUUCUUCUUUUUGCUGCAGUUUCCUCUUAUUUCAUUUUCCAAAACCACACCUGCUGGUGCCAGGUUUCCAUCUUCACUCGUUACCCCUGAAAAGAUCUCUGCUUCUGCUCAAAACAAACUUUACAGAACCAAAUACUUCACCCAAAUACUUGACCAUUUCAAUUUCUACCCCAAAAGCUACCAAACUUUCCAGCAAAGGUAUUUGAUCAAUGACACAUUCUGGGGAGGAGCCAAGAACAAUGCUCCAAUCUUUGUCUACACAGGGAAUGAAGGAAACAUAGAAUGGUUUGCACAAAACAUAGGUUUUCUCUAUGAGACAGCACCCCAUUUCAAAUCCCUUGUCAUUUUCAUUGAGCAUAGGUUCUAUGGGAAGUCUAUACCUUAUGGGGGCAAGAAGAGCGUGGCUUAUAGCAAUGCAACUACACUUGGGCAUCUGAGCUCAACGCAGGCAUUGGCAGAUUAUGCUUCCUUAAUUAUUGAUUUGAAGAAGAAUUUAUCAGCAACUGACUCUCCUGUGGUGGUCUUCGGAGGUUCCUUGGAGGAAAGUGUGAGUGAAAAUUGUUACAAAGUGAUCAAAGGCUCAUGGGAACAGAUCGAAAACACAGCAAACCAACCUGGAGGGCUUGAGCUACUACGAAAAUCAUUUAAAUUAUGCAAAAAUGGCGCAGAUUUAGAUUAUCUUGAAGAUUGGCUUUCCACUGCAUACGCUUACACAGCAAUGACGGAUUAUCCUACUCCCUCAAAUUUCUUAUGUCCCUUGCCAGCAUUUCCAGUGAAGAAGAUGUGUGAGGCGAUAGAUGAUCCGACGACUGGAAAUGACACAUUUGCGAAAUUGUACGGUGCAGCUAAUGUAUACUAUAACUACAGUGGGACAGUCACGUGUUUCGAACUUGAUGAUAACUCUGAUCCUCACGACCUUGGAGGAUGGUAUUGGCAGUCUUGUACAGAGAUGAUAAUGCCAACCAGUGGAAAUAAUGAGGACAGCAUAUUCCCAGCUUCUGAUUGGGAUUACAAAGACCAAGCCUCUGUAUGCAAAAGCAGAUUUGGCAUUGAACCUAGGCCCCUUUGGAUCACCACUGAGUUCGGCGGCCAUGAUAUUGAGAGGGUUUUGAAAAGAUAUGGAAGCAAUAUUAUCUUCUUCAAUGGCUUAAGAGACCCUUGGAGUGGUGGAGGGGUGCUGAAGAAUAUAUCCAAGAGCAUAGUAGCCAUUGUUGCAAAAGAAGGUGCUCACCAUGUAGAUUGA